GCCAAUGCUACAACGAGGUCCAUAACCAGCUUCAAACAUGAAAGGUGCUCCUCGAAUACCUCCAGAGUUCUUUGACGAUGCACUACGAGAAGCUAAUAGUUGCGUAUUCGUCUAUCCCAAUCACAUGCGCCACAUAACCACCCUGCUCCGACACCACAUUAACGCGCCCUCAUUCGCAUGUCCUUUUUCUGGCGUCGUUUCAAGCUACAUGGGGCAAACUGAGCGUGGCAACCCAAUCCAUAUCCCAACCUCUCAGCUGGACUCGAAACAUCGUCUCCUGCAUGAUGUGCAGGCAAGAUAAAUCAGAUAUCGAGAUGCGUGCGCCACAUGUAGUCGAGGUCCCAUAUACAGCGGGAAAGCCUAGAAGUUAUCAUGCAAGAAGGAAGAAAUCAAUCACAACUACUGCACUGGCUAGUGGAACGACGUCGCGACACACUAUCACUGCAAAUACAGGCCAGAUGUUGGACUCCUUGGAUGCACUGGAUCGCGUGUUUUAUGAUCCUGCGUGGACGCUCCAGUACGCUUCAUGGGAUGGGACAUAUGUACAAUACUUUAAAUUGGAGUAUAUACAUCCCCAGAGACUCGGCACUCAAUCCUCCCUAGGCCUCAGUAUUCAGUACUUGUUCAUGCUCGUGGCUUUCUCGAAAAAAUGCUACGCUGAGCGUGGAUUGCCCCGAAUUGGAGGACACGAGCAGUUCAGUAAUGGCCUUGUUUGUAUCGAGGGGCGUCCCUAUGUGUUCGUGCUCGUCUCAGCGAAUUCGAUCGCUGAGGACUAUGUCCAAUCGCUGGGCAUCGGUAAGGUGGAUACCGAGGUGUGGGUUAUCGUGCUUGUCGGUGUCGCUGGCAGCCCUGCCCUCCUACUUUCGGGAAUUCUGCUGAAAGACAAAGAGCGUCUGUACUAG